GGGUUUUUGGGUCCAGUGAAAUGACUGUGACUGACUUUCCAGCAAUGACAAGCUUGUGGGAUUCAGCAGCAUUCUUUGAACUGAGGGAAAAAAAAUGUCUUGUUUCAUACCUUUCUCUUUGUGAAGUGAACUUGAACAGCCAAAACAAAAGUCAGUUUGGACCGCAUGUUCUCUAUUUUAUAAAGGAGAUGGACAUCUUGGUGUUUAACUGUGUUUUGAACAAAGAAAAGCACUUCGGCUAGAUUGGUCCAAAGAGCAUCAUUGGAGCCAUUGCUGUGUGAAAGGACUUGCACACCCUUUCCAGGAUGAAGAAAAUCAGCCUUAAAACGAUCAAAAAAUCCUUUAACUUGAACAAAGGCAAAGACGAAAAUGAAUUUGCUGUUGUACAGCAGCCGUCACUGGUCAAUGAUUUUGGGAAAGAGGACUCUCUCUUUAGUUGUUAUGGGAAAGAUUUGGCUGGUAAUGAUCUAAACAAAGCAGAUGAGGAUGACAAAGGACCAAAAAAUAAGGCAAAAGGCGAAGGCUUGAUGGGCACGCUGAAAAGGAGGCUUUCUGCAAAGCAGAAACAAAAAGCUAAAGGGAAUGCACCUUCUGUCAGCUUAGUGGAAGAUGAUCGAUUUUCCUCCUCUUCAACUCCAACGAGCAUUAAUGAUUUAAAAGCUCAAAGACCCUUAAGAUCCACGUCACUCCGUGGCCACCAUUACAGUCCUACACCUUGGCCUUUGCGAUCAGCCAGCUCAGAAGAAACCUGCAUUAAGAUGGAGGUUAAGGUCAAAGCAUUAGUCCACAAUAAUAGCCCAAACCAGGCAUUAAAUGGCGUUCGUAAGGAGUUCCACGAUAUGCAAACAGAUCAUGUGUUUCAGGAACAGAACAACACAAUCAAAGAAAUUGAGCCCCAAAAUGGCCAUUCUCACCUGAAUAUUGAUGAAUCUUGUCAUGUUCCCGUGGUUAUUGGGUUAAUGCCUCAGAACUACAUUCAGUACACAAUGCCUUUAGAGGAGGGAAUGUUUCCUAUGGAAGGGUCCCGUACCUGUUGUCUUGACAAUCCAUUGCCGAUGGAAGUUGCAUCAGUGCCAUCCCAUGUAUGUAAUAGCACGCUACAGACAGAUGAAGGCCAUAUGGUCCCAGAUUUAGUGGUUGCUUCUGAUAUAUUCUUGGACCCACCUGUAAAUGGUCUAUUGAUUGGUACAACAGGUGUCAUCUUGCAGAACUCCAGUUCCAACCAUGUCGAUAUCCCUCCACUAUCUCCACUCCUACCUCCGAUUCCCAAUCAAAUGCAGUUGACAUUUCCUGGUUUUGGUGGUACAGCGGCCCAUGUAGCAGAAAGAGUCCGUCACCAUUUGAACUUUGACCCAAAUUCUGCUCCUGGAGUAGGGAGAGUUUAUGACUCUGUACAAAAUAAUGGUCCAAUGGUAGUCACAAGUCUCACAGAAGAGCUGAAAAAACUUGCAAGGCAAGGAUGGUACUGGGGCCCCAUAACGCGGUGGGAGGCAGAGGAGAAGCUUGCCAAUGUGCCUGAUGGUUCUUUUCUUGUACGUGAUAGUUCUGAUGACCGUUAUCUUUUAAGCCUGAGUUUUCGUUCACAAGGCAAGACUCUUCACACUAGAAUAGAACACUCGAAUGGAAGGUUUAGCUUUUAUGAACAGCCUGAUGUAGAGGGACACACAUCGAUUGUAGAGCUGAUUGAGCAUUCAAUUAAGGACUCUGAAAACGGCGCAUUUUGCUAUUCUAGGUCUCGCCUACCUGGCUCUGCAACUUAUCCUGUAAGACUAACAAACCCAGUCUCCCGGUUCAUGCAAGUGCGGUCACUACAGUAUCUGUGCCGUUUUGUUAUUCGUCAGUAUACUCGAAUAGACUUAAUUCAAAAACUGCCUCUGCCAAACAAAAUGAAGGAUUAUUUGCAGGAGAAACACUACUGAAAAGUUUUGAAGUCUUGCAGAUUGCACUUUUGGAACUGGAAUGCAUUGGAAUAUUUUUUUUAAAUAUAAUUUAUCAAAAAUUAGCUUAAAAAAUCCUUGUUUAGGUGCUCCUUCAUUUUGCAAUCACAGGCCUCUGUUCUCUUUCUCUCUUCCCUCCCCACUCCACCAUGCACCCAGCAGAUGUUGACCAUUGUCUAUUUGCCAAAUAAAGACAGCACAUUUUUCAUGUUGAGCUAUAACACUAUUUUCUCAGUCACCUGCGAAAGAGUGCUGGGCCCAAUCCAUGCCCAAUCUUUAUAAGUUUUCCACUGUUAACUGCAGGUUUCUAUACCUGCCUUCUGAAUCUACAUUAAAGACACAGUCCCUCAAUAAUGGCCAUAUUGUACACACUGCUUCUGUGCAGGUUGGCCCUACUCAAAAGCAAGUGACUUCCCAGUAUCAGUGUGUACCAAAUGAGAUAACAUCUGGGCAAUUUAUCAUCUUUAAAGUCAAGCUAUGAUUUGUUUUUAAUUGAAAGCAAAAACACUUAAUGGAGUAAAAUAAACAAGACAAUGUGUUCAGCGCAGUAGAUGGUACACAGGGCACACAGACCCAUGUAUCAUUUUGUGUUUAAUUGGCUAAGUGUGUUGGCAUUAUCAGCAGCUGACAACCUGAAGUGUUAUACCUUGUGCCACUUUUCCCGCAUACAAAUUACUGUAUUUCUGACAAACCUUCCUUAAACAGACCUGUGCAUGAGUCCAAAAUUUCUGCCUCUUUUAUUUGAUUGGAAUUGUUUUUCCUUAAAAUCCUGCUGUUGUUUUAAGAUAGAAUUUGCUAUCUUUGUUCUUUUGUACUACUUGUGUCAGCAUUUUGAGUUUGAUUUGAAAGAUAGUUUCCAAAUGCCAUUUUAUUAUAGAGCACAACAUAGAUUUAUUUUCAAAUGUCUGGUUUGCACAUGCGGUUCUUAUGCCAGUUUGUGCUUGUUUGCCCAUGGACCAAUUUUGUAAAGGGCCAUCAUGCCAGUAUUUUGAGUAAUGGUUUAAAAUACAGUGGGAGACCACAUUGAAUACAGUAAAUAUUGAAGAGUAUUGUCCCUGGUUUUAAAGGGAACUAAUGAGCUUUAUUUGCGUAUUUCAAUUUGUUUUCUUUUAUAAAACAAAAGGUUGUAGGAAAUCAACAUUAAUUUCUAUGAGGUAAUACGGAAUGACAUUUUAUGGAUUUGUUUGUUUUUCUAUUGAGUCAUAUGAAUUGUAAUUUGGAUAUCAUGAUUGAGGACUUUGAACAACUACUCAAUGUCUCUGUAUCCUUGUAACCACCAGGUAAAAGAUUGGUUAAUCAUACCAGUGAGAUAAAUUGGAUGUUUUUUGUGAUUUUUUUUAAAAUCAGUUGGAAUAUUAUUACUGUAGUUCAUUUGUAUUUCAAUAGACCAACUGACUGAAAUUUAGCAAUAAUUUCUUUCUUUUCCUCCUUCUGUUGAAGUACUUUGUGCACUUUUAGGUUGUGUUUGGUUUCACAUUUUCCUGUAUUGCCAUAUAGAAAACUUCUGUAAGUGUACAGGCAAAACUGUUCCUAUAAAAUCAUUUGUAAUAUGCCAA